CUGGCAGCAGCAGACAAGGAAGAAAUGUGCGCACAUUAUUUUGUCAUAUGAUACGUAUUCGAUGUAUUUCUUGUCUGCUGAGUGCACGUGUACCUACCCAAGUACCACCCUCGCAGUGAGGGAUUGGACAGUUGGCGAUAUUAUUUCGUGUGCUUGUAUGGCAGUUUGAGUCAUUGCCUUUUCCAAUUCACAUCAACACCCAUUCCGUGACAUUUUCCAUUAUAUUCCUCCUGUGCGGCCAUAUUUAAUGGGCUCGCUGCCCUCUUCUUCCUCUUUUCCUCAACCAGCCAUAACCGUAUCUCUUCGUCCUCGUUGUCCCACAUCCCCCAAGCAAUCCUUUGUCUACCCUCAUGUUCGAGGAGAUUUGUCUCACCUGCUCCAAGCGUCUCCCCGACGACGGUCGCGCUUACUGCAGUGAUGAGUGCGAGGCGUUGGAUGCUUCAAAUUCCCCACCCAUAUCCACCGCCAGCAGCGCCCUUUCCUCACCGUACCUUGACUAUGCAAUUGGUGAUGACGUCCCACCUCUCGUUCCCUCAGCCCUUGGCUCUGCUCUUUCAUCCUUGGGGAAACGGGGCAGAUAUUCAACUUCGUCCUCGUCGACCUCUUCCGCUUCAUGGUCCUUGUACACGGACCUCGACGAAGACGACGCUCCAGACGUCCCUCUCGAGGCUUCUCGCUUCUUCGGCGUGCCUUUGCCAGCAAAAUCAAGCCUCAACUAUACUCGCCGUCCGUCUACCACUAAUCACCAUUCACUGAUUCCGUUGUUGCACUCGCGCAACCCUUCCAGUUCCAGUGUUGCCGCCGCACAAAAUUCCUCCUCCCUGGAGGAGGAUGUUGUUGUCGACUGCGCCCAUCAGAGCGACAAUGAAAAGACGACUUUGGAACCUGAUCACGAAGCAGACAAAUCCACCAUUGGAUCUAAGUCCAGGAGGAGUCGUAACCGCGCUAGCCUCCCAGCAUAUUUCUCCUUGCUAAUGAUUAAUACCCCUCGACGUUCGCCGCCUCUCUCUUCCUCGUCUGGCAAUACCAUUAACGUCAAUCAGCAACCAUCCCCUCCCACCCCUAGAUUGGCUUCUUUACUUGCUGUUUCGAGUUUACGGUCCGCAGUCGAGGCGACUCCGCGGGGUCGUCGUCGCGAGCCUGCUUUGUCUCGCAGUAGGCGACGUUCCCAAUCCCGCUCCCGCUCUCGUUCCCAAGCGUAUCAAGCCGCCGUCUCGCCUCGACGUGGUCGGCAAGACAGUCGGAGUACUCUGGCGCCACUUUUCGACUGGACAUGUGCGCCCAUAUCUAGGGGUCGCACGAUGCGCCGUAACAGCUCCCCACUGCCCAAAAUGAUGCCCUCGACGCAAGAGUUCGAGGACCCGGCGCUUAUUGCAGGUCCGGUCAGCUACCUCGACGAAAAGCGCGGGCGUUACCGGAUGCAUGAACUGGACAGCACAAGUGAGUGCGGAGGUCCCACUCGCCUUGACCCGAGGGACUUGAAGGAACGUGGACGUGCAAUCGCUACCAAGUGGUGACGGCCGACACCCUCGAUUCGCUUAUAGCACAGCAGGAAUUGGUAUUCGCAUUUCAUAUCCAUCACUUCACGACCUCGACCUCUACUCUAUUCAAUCGCAUUCACGUUGCUUCUAAGUAGCAUUGCACUCAAAAUUACCAGCAUGAUUGUCUAUUCUUACACGUUGUGUACCAUACCAUAUAUCAAGUGCACGACUGCGGGUCUACUUCAGGAAAAUGCAGGGGAAACUGGAAAUCAUACUCACUUAUCUUUACUCAGCUUCAGACGUUAUCGCUACUCCACACAAAAGCAAAUUCCAAUACUACUGUAUCUACGGUAUUUCACGGGCUACUACUCUUCCAUUGAACGAAAAUUCUUUGCAUGAUUGAGAUCUGUGUUGCUUCUUCCUCGU